CUGUGUAAACUACGUUUCCCUUCUACAUUGCACUCGGCCACUGUUGAUGACGCCACAACUCAGCCUGCUGCUGGCUUUGUAUAGGAGACUGAGAGGUCACUGGUCAGUGCCUUCUGCUUGGCCCAUAGCAAAUUGGCGGUCAUCAGGAUGGAGAACGCCAACAUGACUAAAACAAUAUUCGGUCUCACCCUGGAGAUUAUCUACCUGCUGACUGGAGAGGAUCUCAUAGUCGUGAAGAAAUCCGGUGAACCGGUUGCUUACAGGAUCAGUCCCAGUGUAUCAGAAGGAACCAGGGAGAGCCGAGGCAGCAGUACGGCGACUGUGUGUGACUCGGUGGUGCCUGAAGACAGCGACAGGAAGAUUCUGAAGCUUAGCAAUAAAAUCAUUCACCUUCUGACCGGAGAGGUGUGGAAGUUUGUAAGACACAAAGAUUGUACCAAAGACAUGACAAUCAAGAAUGAGCUACAAAUUGGAUCCUCUAACAGGAAUACACCGGAGAGCGGUCCCAGUCCUCGUUAUUCCCUGGAUACUGCAGAGGAAGAUCAGAGUACCUUAGAGAAUUGCCAGGUUGAUACUUUGGGGGAUGUGAAAGAGAUUGUUGUACCAACGCCAAAAGAUGAAGCCGACUUAUAUGUCAACAUUAAGAAGGAGGAAAUACCUGUAGAUAUCAGCACAGAUUAUGAAGAAAAUGGUCCAAAUGUAAAUGAGAGUCCAGAGCCAAUGUCUGGUCCCUCUGAUCAAACAGCCUUUUGCGACCAGGCCGCCGAUACUCAGGGAGCGGCAGAGGGGAAGAUGCAUGUGUGCUCCAUGUGCAGGAAAUACUUCGGUUACAGCGCCAACCUUGACAUCACUCGGCAGACGUACAGAGAUGAGAACAUACAUUUGUGCUCCCACUGUGAGAGAUACUUUGUGCCUAAGCCCCAGCUCGCCGCACAGCAGGGAGCGCACAGCGACAAGCCGUUCUCCUGCUCCAAAUGUGCCAAGUGCUUCGCCAGCAGAACUGUCUUCAUGGCGCAUCAGCGCAUCCACACGGGGAAGAAGUCCUUCCCCUGCUCCCAGUGUGGGAUGUCUUUCUCCAAUAAGUCCAUCCUUGAAACGCACCAGAGCAUCCACACGGGGGACAGACCUUUUCCCUGCUCCGAGUGCGGAAUGUGUUUCGCCAUGAAGGCAAACCUCGUUAAGCACAUGAAAAUCCACAAAGGCGAGAAGCCGUUCUCCUGCCUCCAGUGCGGCAAAAGUUUUGGGAUAAAGUCGAACCUGGUCAAACAUGAAAGGAUACACACAGGGGAAAAACCGUUCUCCUGCGCCGACUGCGGGAAGUGUUUCAGCAUGAAGUCGAAUCUAGUCAAGCAUCAGAGGAUACACACGGGGGAGAAGCCCUUCGCGUGCCUCGAAUGUGGGAAGUGCUUUGCCAGCCGGUCCAACCUCGCUACACACGAAAGAAUCCAUACGGGGGAGAAACCCUUUUCCUGUUCCUACUGCAAUAAAGGGUUUAUCACCAGCUCUGACCUGUUCCGGCACCAAAAGAUUCACACCGGAGAUAAGCCGUUCAUCUGCUUGGAGUGUGGCAAGGGCUUCAUCAGUAAAUCUGUUCUUGCUGCACAUCUAAAGACACACGCAGGAUCUACUGCACUCUUACUGGCCAAACAUGGGACGUGUCCUUAGCGGGUUCCUUAUCCAGGGGAGGGGUGCCAGCUUUUUGCCCCAUGCAAGAGUCUUCCUACUUGUGGACCAUUGUGGGCUCUUAUCUGAAGGCGAGAUGACCAGUCAUAAUGCUUCGGCAGCUGUGACCUCCGGUAUAAGCGUGUUCUGCUGCAUAACCGGUCAAAUGAGCCAAUCAAUGGGUCCGUUACUUUUUAAAUGAGCCAAUCAACAGCCACUUACGUUCUAUAAACAGAGAAGGAUCCUUUCAGUGCUCGCCUGCCUGUAUAAUAAAGUAAUUACCCUCUGCCCCGCUUGUCAGGCGUCUCCAGAUGUAAGGCAUAGGGCAGUGAUUUUCAACCUUUUUCAAGUCGCGGCACGCCGACCAAGAUUUGAAAAUUGCCAAGGCACACCAUCAUUCCCCCUCCCUCCCCCUCAAAAAAAAAAGAAGAAAAAAAAUCCACACAUUGCCCCCCCCCCC